GAAAUGUGGGACCAAGAAAAACAUCAUCUUCGUACGUUCGAUGAAAUGAUCCCUCGCUAUAGGGUAAGGCCCACUUUGCUGCGUCCGGUUUGGGAAGCGGCGGGUUUUAUUCUUGGUGCCGGUACCGCACUUAUGGGUAAAGAGGCAGCUAUGGCGUAUUUAUUGCAUAUUGAAAAUGUGGAUGUUGAAGAUUUGAAAAAGAUAAUUAAAGAGUUCCGUGACGAUGAAUUGCAUCAUUUGGACACUGCAGUAGAUUAUGAAGCACGAAAGGUAACAGCAUUGCGUCCUAAUUUAAUCUAG